AUGGUUCAGUCUGCCGUCCUGGGUUUCCCCCGUAUGGGAGCCCUCAGAGACCUCAAGAAGGCCACUGAGGCCUACUGGUCUGAGAAGAUCUCUCAGGAUGACCUCCUCGCUGAGGGCAAGAGACUCCGUGCUGCUCACUGGAAGAUCCAGAAGGAUGCCGGUGUCGACAUCAUCCCUUCCAAUGACUUCUCCUUCUACGACCAAGUCCUCGACCACAUCCAGCUGUUCAGCGCUACCCCCGAGCGUUACUCCUCUCAAGGCCUCAACCCCCUCGACGAGUACUUCGCCCUGGCCCGCGGUCACCAGAAGGGUUCCGUCGAUGUCCCCUCCAUGGAAAUGGUGAAGUGGUUCGACAGCAACUACCACUACACAAAGCCCUCUUUCCAAAACGACCAGACUUUUGCCCUUGCCCAGGACCCCAAGCCUGUCCGUGAAUACCUCGAGGCCAAGGCCGCCGGUUUCCAGACCCGCCCCGUCCUCCUCGGUCCCGUCUCUUUCUUGGCUCUCGGAAAGACCGAGCGUGGUGCCACCGUCGACCCUAUCUCUCUUCUGAGCAAGCUCGUCCCUGUCUACGUUGAGCUUCUCAAGGCUCUCAAGGCUGCUGGUGCCGAGUCUGUUCAGAUCGAUGAGCCAGUCCUUGUCUUUGACUUGAGACCCGAGGUCAAGGCUGCUUUCAAGCCUGCCUACGAAGCCAUUGGUGCUCUCGGAAGCGCCGCCCCCGAGGUUGUUGUUGCUACCUACUUCGGAGACAUCGUCCACAACAUCGACGUUGUCCCAGCUUUCUCCAGCCUGCACGGAGUUCACGUGGACCUUGUCCGCAACCCCGAGCAGUUGGACACUGUCGCCAAGAGCCUUGGCCCCAAGCAGGUUCUGUCUUUGGGUGUUGUUGACGGACGUAACAUCUGGAAGAACGACUUCCAGAAGUCCCUCAAGGUCAUUGACGCUGCCAUUUCCACCCUUGGAAAGGAGCGUGUCAUCAUCGCCACCUCCAGCUCUCUCCUUCACGUCCCUCACACCCUUGCUAGCGAGAAGAAGCUCCCCGAGGAAGUCUACCAAUGGUUCUCCUUCGCCGUCGAGAAGGCCAGCGAAGUCGCUAUCCUCGCCAAGGCUACUACUGAAGGCCCUGCUUCCGUCCUGAGCCAGCUGGAUGCCAAUGCUGCCGCCUUGAAGUCUCGUUCCGAGUCCAAGCGUACCAACGACCCCAAGGUCAAGGAUCGCCAAAGCAAGAUCACACCUGACCAGUUCAACCGCAAGUCUGUCUUUGAGACCCGUUACGCUCAACAGAAGACUCACCUCUCCCUCCCUCUCUUCCCCACCACCACCAUCGGUUCCUUCCCCCAGACUCAGGAAAUCCGUGUUCAGCGAAACAAGUUCACCAAGGGUGAAAUCACCGAAGAACAGUACGAUGAGUUCAUCCGCAAGGAGAUCGACCUCUGCAUUCAGAUCCAGGAUGAGCUUGGUCUUGAUGUCUACGUUCACGGUGAGCCCGAGCGUAACGACAUGGUGCAAUACUUUGGAGAAAGACUCGAGGGUUACGUUUUCACUACCCACGCUUGGGUCCAGUCUUACGGCUCUCGCUGCGUCCGUCCUCCUAUCAUCGUCGGUGACAUCUCUCGUCCCGCUCCUAUGACCGUCAAGGAGAGCAAGUACGCUGCCUCGGUCUCUAAGAAGCCCAUGAAGGGUAUGCUUACUGGUCCCGUUACUUGCCUCCGGUGGUCUUUCCCCCGUGACGACGUUCACCAGUCUGUCCAGGCUCAGCAGCUUGCUCUGGCUCUCCGUGAUGAAGUCAUUGACCUCGAGAAGAACGUCGAUGAGCCCGCUCUCCGUGAGGGUCUGCCCCUUCGCAGCGGCAAGGAGCGUGAAGCCUACCUGGACUGGGCCGUGAACAGCUUCAAGCUUGCCACCGCUGGUGUUGAGGACUCGACCCAGGUCCACUCCCACUUCUGCUACUCCGAGUUCCAGGACUUCUUCCACGCCAUCGCCGCCCUUGACGCUGAUGUUCUCUCCAUUGAGAACUCGCGAUCCGACGCCAAGCUCCUCAAGGUCUUCAUUGACGAGGCCUACCCCCGCCACAUCGGACCUGGUGUCUACGACAUCCACACCUCCCGUAUCCCCCCUCAAGAGGAAAUCAAGCAGCGUAUCUCUGAGAUGUUGCAGUACCUCAAGCCCGAGCAGCUCUGGAUCAACCCUGACUGUGGUCUGAAGACCCGUACCUGGGCCCAGGUCAAGCCGGCUCUCACCAACUUGGUCGAAGCUGCCAAGUUCUACCGUGAGCAGCACAAGGCUUAA